GACGGCCUGCGCGCCGGCGCCCCCUGCCGGGGAGCGCGCACACGGCCGCGGCCGCCGCGGGGCGAGGAGCGGCGCGCGCGCGGGGCGAGGACGGAGCUCGGGUGCCGGGGCCCGAAGCCGGGAGCUUCCCCGAUGGUGCCGCCGCCUCCUCCGAGCCGGGGAGGAGUGGCCGGGGGGCAGCUGGGCCGGAGUCUGGGUCCGCUGCUGCUGCUCCUGGCGCUCGGGCACACGUGGACCUACCGAGAGGAGCCGGAGGACGGCGGCGACAGGGAAAUCUGCUCCGAAAACAAGAUCGCCACCACCAAGUACCCGUGUCUGAAGCCCUCGGGGGAGCUCACCACGUGCUUCAGGAAAAAAUGCUGCAAAGGGUAUAAAUUUGUUCUUGGACAGUGCAUUCCAGAAGACUAUGAUGUUUGCGCCGAGGCCCCCUGCGAGCAGCAGUGCACAGACAACUUUGGCCGGGUGCUGUGUACUUGUUACCCAGGGUACCGAUACGACCGGGAGAGACACCGGAAGCGCGAGAAGCCAUAUUGCCUGGAUAUCGACGAGUGUGCCACCAGCAACCAGACCCUCUGCGCUCACAUCUGCACCAACACCGUGGGCAGCUUCCGCUGCGAGUGCCGGGAGGGCUUCAUCCUGGAGGACGAUGGGAAGACGUGCACCAGGGGGGACAAAUACCCCAGCGACACCGGGCACCCGGAGAAGGCUGAGCAUGCCGCGAAGAGCGGGACGUGCUGCGCCACCUGCAAGGAGUUCCACCAGAUGAAGCAGACCGUGCUGCAGCUGAAGCAGAAGAUUGCCCUGCUUCCCAACAAUGCUGCGGAGCUGGGCAAGUAUGUCACUGGGAACAAGGUGCUGGCCUCGAACGCCUACCUUCCAGGACCUCCUGGCCUGCCUGGGGGCCAGGGCCCACCUGGCUCUCCAGGACCCAAAGGGAGUCCAGGCUUUCCUGGUGUGCCAGGCCCCCCUGGGCAGCCUGGCCCUCGGGGCUCAAUGGGACCCAUGGGACCAUCUCCGGAUUUGUCCCACAUUAAGCAAGGCCGGAGGGGCCCUGUGGGUCCGCCAGGGGCGCCAGGAAGAGACGGCUUGAAGGGAGAGAGAGGAGCACCUGGGCCCAGAGGAUCUCCAGGGCCUCCAGGGUCAUUCGACUUCCUGCUGCUCAUGCUGGCUGACAUUCGCAACGACAUCGCUGAGCUCCAGGAAAAGGUGUUCGGGCAUCGGACUCACUCUUCAGCAGAGGAGUUCCCUUCACCUCAGGAAUUUUCCAGCUACCCAGACACCAUGGACUUUGGCUCUGGAGAUGACUAUCCAAGAAGAACCGAGGCAAGAGACAUGGGCGGGCCCAGAGACUUUUAUCCCUAGCACC